AUGGCAAAAAUCAACACCCGGCACUCCUACCCUGGUGUACACAGCCUGUCUGUCAGAACUGCUGAUGAAGAUAUCGAAAGGAUUGAAAAUGGCUAUAUCAGAGCCCAUUCACUGCAUGAGGAUGCACCUGCAGAGCUGCAGGGAGUCAUUUCUGUGGAGGGAGGACAUGUGCCUGAGUCCCAGGCAAGCUCCUUCACUGGCAGGGGAGCAAUGGCAAGGCUGUCACGGUUUGUGUUAUCCGUGAGGUCAUGGGCCACAAGGCGCUCGCACCACGAGGACCAAAGGCCUGACUCUUUCCUGGAGCGGAUCCGGGGCCCAGAGCUCGUGGAGGUGUCCACCAGGCAGAGCAACAUCCGCUCCUUCCUGGGUGCCCGGGAGCGGCCCGGGGGAGCCAACAGUCACUGGCCCUUGGCCAGGUUCAAUGUCAACUUCAGCAACAACACUAAUGAAGACAAAAAGGAAGAAAAGAAAGAGGUUAAAGAGGAGAAAAAAGAGGAAAAGAAAGAGGAGAAAAAAGAGGAGAAAAAAGAGGAAAAGAAAGAUGACAAAAAAGAUGACAAAAAAGAUGAUAAAAAAAAGGAAGAGCAGAAAAAGGAGGUCUUUGUGAUAGAUCCUUCAAGCAAUCUGUACUACAACUGGCUGACCGUAAUUGCAGCACCUGUAUUCUAUAACUGGUGUAUGCUAGUGUGCAGAGCCUGCUUUGAUGAGCUACAAAUGGACCAUGUUAAAAUAUGGCUGUUCUUGGAUUAUCUCUCUGAUAUUAUCUAUGUUAUUGACAUGUUCGUCAGAUUCAGAACAGGCUUCCUUGAACAAGGCUUGCUAGUUCAGGAUGAGAAGAAGUUACAAGAACAUUAUACCAAAACUGUGCAGUUCAAACUGGACGUGCUGUCUCUUGUGCCAACAGACCUGGCAUAUUUCAAGCUUGGUUUGAACUACCCCGAGCUCCGGUUUAACCGCCUGCUGAGGAUUGCUCGGCUCUUUGAGUUUUUUGACCGUACUGAGACCAGGACAAAUUAUCCAAACAUGUUCCGCAUUGGCAAUCUGGUGUUGUACAUUCUCAUCAUCAUCCACUGGAACGCCUGCAUAUACUUUGCGAUAUCGAAGGUGAUCGGGUUCGGAACCGACACCUGGGUGUAUCCCAACGUGUCCGUGCCGGAGUACGCGCGCCUGUCCAGGAAGUACAUUUACAGUCUGUACUGGUCGACGCUCACGCUGACAACUAUUGGGGAGACACCGCCCCCGGUGAAGGAUGAGGAGUAUCUCUUUGUGGUCAUCGACUUCCUGGUGGGCGUGCUCAUCUUUGCCACCAUUGUCGGGAACGUCGGCUCUAUGAUUUCCAACAUGAAUGCUUCCAGGGCAGAGUUCCAGGCCAAAGUGGAUUCCAUUAAACAGUACAUGCAGUUCCGAAAGGUGACUAAGGAUUUGGAAGCCAGGGUUAUUAAGUGGUUUGAUUACCUCUGGACCAACAAGAAAACGGUAGAUGAGAAGGAAGUUCUCAAAAAUCUGCCUGACAAGUUGAAGGCUGAAAUUGCCAUCAAUGUCCAUUUGGACACGCUGAGGAAAGUGCGUAUAUUCCAGGAUUGUGAAGCUGGACUUCUCAUUGAGCUGGUGCUGAAACUGAAACCUACGGUCUUCAGUCCUGGUGACUACAUUUGCAAAAAAGGAGAUAUUGGAAGAGAAAUGUACAUUAUUAAAGAGGGAAAAUUGGCUGUGGUGGCGGAUGAUGGCAUAACCCAAUUUGUAGUCCUAAGCGAUGGCAGCUACUUUGGUGAAAUCAGCAUCCUAAACAUCAAAGGUAGCAAAUCUGGCAACAGGAGGACAGCCAACAUUAGGAGUAUUGGUUAUUCUGAUUUGUUCUGCUUGUCUAAGGAUGAUUUAAUGGAAGCCCUCACAGAAUAUCCAGAAGCCAAAAAGGCUCUGGAAGAGAAAGGACGUCAAAUUCUGAUGAAAGACAAUUUAAUAGAUGAGGAGGCAGCAAAAGCGGGAGCUGACCCAAAAGACUUGGAAGAAAAAAUAGGACGACUUGAAGUAGCUCUGGAUACGCUGCAGACUAGGUUUGCAAGGCUCAUGGCAGAAUACACUGCAUCUCAACAAAAGGUGAAACAGAGACUUGCCAGAGUAGAAACCCGAGUAAAAAAAUACGGUAGUGGCAGCUUAUCAGUUGCAGAAGCAGAGGCUGAAAAACCUGAGGAGGAGAAAAAGCAGUAA